AGCGGUGCUUUUGCAAUUGAGUUUUUCUUAUUAGUUGUAUUUAUAGAAAAAAUUAAUAUAAAUUCUUUGGAAAUGUAUCUAAUUUCAACGGGGAAGACAACUGUACUCUCUGACUUCAGUAAUUUAGAAACAAAAUCAAUUUACCAGCACGCAAAUGGCGAAACCACCGAUUUUCAAUUCUAUGCACGGCAACGCAUCUUCCUGGAAGUGAACAAAAAGUCUGGCUUGGAAAUAAUGCGGAUCAAAGAUAAAGGAGAUCAGAUUUUAGAAAUUCAGCGUGUGCGCAAACUGAAUAUUGGAAAUGUUUACUGUGUCGCCUGCGCAAAGCAGUCGCUCGAGGAAAUGGCAUUCGGUGGUGUAAAUGGCCAAGUUAGUCUAUACAAUUAUAAAAACACUGAACUCUUGCAUCGUUUUAAACCGGAAAAUAAUCGUAAUAGUGUGCUGUAUUUGGACUACAAUGGAACAGAUGAGUAUAUAGCUUCGGUAUUCGAAAGUGGUCAAAUCAACGUUUAUGGCACUAAAACGAAAACAAAAGUAGAUAGCGUAAAUAUUGAUGGAAACUCCACUCUGGCACGUUUUCAUCCAAGCAAGCGUUUCCAACUAUCAGUAGCAUCUUUCAAGGGUGCCGUUACCGUCUACGAUCUGCAAACCAAACGGAAGAUAUUCAAUCUGAGUGAUGCUCAUGCCUCACCUUGUCGCGAUCUGUGCAUGUCUGCUGCAACGCCUGAUACGCUAAUAAGCGUGGGGUAUGAUUGUAUUGUUAAUGUCUUCGACACACGUCGUAGAACGCCGCAAAUCAAACUAAAUCACCCGCAUCCAUUGUCGACCGUUGCAAUGAGUAGUUGUGGUACAUACUUUUGCGUGGGAAAUUUGAAAGGCGAGUUGAUUUCUUAUGAUAUACGUAGUGUGAAAAAAUGUUUAGCCACCAAAAAAGUGCACGAUUGCUCUAUUACACGUUUAUCAUUUGUGCCACUACCUGAGGAAGAU